UCUACCUAUUGGAUUGUGUUUUUUAACGUCUACCUCUACCCCAACCCUAAACGUAGCCAUUUAUAUAAUACAAAAACUGUGUUGGACAGUGUGACAAAAAUAAUGUUAGAUUAAUGUGCGCAUGCCCACUAGCUAGAGCUGUAUUCCUUCUAGCCUUAACCAAGCUGCUGUUCAACACAACAGUUCAGAGGAAGAAAAAGACAGAUGUACAAACACUGAGGUGAGAGCUUCAUCUUUCUCCAGUUGUUUUUUAGCAGUCAGUGAAGAACAAUGGCAUCUGUUAAACAACUGCUUAAUGACACACUGGAUGAUCUGGAAGAAAAAGAAUUGAAGAGAUUUAAGAGCUACUUAAGAGAAGAUGGACCUAUUCCAGUUUCUGUACUGGAGAAAGCAGAUGCAACUGACACAGUAGAUCAGAUGCUGGAUCGUUUUGGACCAGAAAGAGCUGUGAAGAUCACACUGGAUAUCCUGAAAAAGAUGAACCAGAACCAUCUUGCUGAACAGUUAGAGAACAAACACACCAAAGUACACUAUACUCCAGUCCAGACGAGAGAUGCCCCGACUGGAGUCAAUGUAGAUAUGAAAGCUGAAACAGGUGCAAGUGUUAAUGCUCCUGUACUGACUGCAAACACCUUCGCAGGACCAGUAACCAUUUAUGCCCCAAAUGCUGCAGGAAAUGAUCAACAGAAAUCCUCAAAGACAGAGGUAAAUCAACAAGAGGUAUUGAAGCUGCACAAAUUCUUGGAAACUCACAAAACCUACAUGAGGAAGAAAACAGAACAUAUUUUUGAGGGCAACAAAGAAGAUGAAACCGAUCUCAUGGCUGUUUUCACAGAACUGGUUAUCACAGAGGGAGAUAUGAAAGAUGUCAAUCAGGAACAUGAGAGUCUGAAGAUUGAUGAUGCUUUCAAGAACAAAAAAACCCAGGAAAAACCAAUCAAAUGCAACAGUAUAUUUACUGAACUGAGGAAAAACAAUGAGAAAAGGACUGUGCUGACUAAAGGCAUUGCUGGCAUUGGAAAAACUGUGUCUGUGCACAAGUUUAUCCUGGACUGGGCAGAAGGAAAAGCCAAUCAGGAUAUACACUGUGUGUUUCUGCUUCCAUUCAGAGAGAUUAACUUAAUGACAGAUGAAGAUUUCAGUCUUCACGAACUUCUGCUGGAAUUUUAUCCUGAACUGAAGAACCUGGAAAAAUCAAAGCUAUAUGAUGAAUGUAAGCUUGUGUUUAUAUUUGAUGGACUUGAUGAGAGUCGUCUGCCUCUGAAUUUUAAAGGUAGGUCUCUAAACACUAUUGAGAAAAAAGCAUCUGUAGAUGUGCUGUUUACAAGUCUGGUCAAAGGGGAUCUGCUUCCAUCAGCUCUUGUGUGGGUGACAUCACGACCAGCAGCAGCCAAUCAGAUCCCUCCUCGCUAUGUGGGUUUGUUCACAGAGGUGCGAGGAUUCACUGACCAACAGAAGGAGAAGUACUUCAGAAAGAGAAUCACAGAUGAGACUCAGGCCUCCAAAAUCAUCUCACACAUUAAGACGUCUCGUAGUCUCUACAUCAUGUGCCACAUUCCUGUGUUCUGCUGGAUCACGGCCACAGUACUUCAGGAUAUUCUCAUUGAGAACAGUACAGAGAACAUCAGCAUAACACUGACCGAAAUGUACAUUCACUUCCUGCUGAUACAGAUGAACAUGAAGAACCAGAAGUAUGAUGAACAAGAAGAAAGACAAUGUACAGAGCACUUGCAAUUAAAUAGAGAGAUGAUUUUGAAGUUAGCAAAGUUAGCAUUUGAACAACUGAAGCAGGAAAACAUUGUGUUCUAUGAGAAAGAUCUAAAAGCAUGUGAUAUUGAUGCGAGUAAAGACACUGAGUUCACAGGAAUGAUUGCUGAGAUCUUCAAAAGGGAACAUAGACUUCAUGGAGCAAAGGUCUUCUGCUUUGUGCAUCUGAGUGUUCAAGAGUUUCUCGCUGCGGUGCAUGUGUUCAUCUGCUACCUGAACAAGAACAUGCAGGAUCUUCAGUUUUUCUUUGACAAGCCAGAAGAAAAUAUCACAUUGCAGGAGCUACUGGAGAAGGCUGUUGAUAAAGCCAUGGAGAGUCAGAGAGGACAUCUGGACCUGUUCCUACGGUUUCUAAUGGGAAUUUCACUGAAAUCCAGUCAAAACCUGCUCACAGGCCUGAUCACACACACUGAAGAAACCACAGAGAGCAUCACAAAAACAACUGAAUACAUUAAACAAGAACAAAAUAAGUAUGGUAUCUCAGAUGAAUCUUUAGUUAACCUAUUUUACUGCUUACUUGAGCUCAAAGAUCAUUCAUUAUAUGAGGAAAUCCAGAGUUACCUCAGCUCAGAUGAACAUACAGGAAAAUACCUCUCAUCUUCAAUGUGCACAGUGCUGACCCACGUAUUGCUCAAGUCAGAGAAGGUGCAGGAUGAGUUCAACCCAAAGAGGUUCACGUCCCCUUCAAACUACAAGAGACUCAUCCCAGCUGUGACAUGCUGCAGAAAAGCACUAUUUGACAGGUGUGGUUUUAAUGAAACAUGCUGUGAAACUGUGUCUUCUGCUCUACAACAAUCAAACUCCCAUCUGACAGAACUGGACCUGACUAGCAAUCACCUGAAAGAUUCAGGAGUGAAGCUGAUUUAUGAUGGAAUGAAGAGUUCACACUGUCGACUAAAUAUACUGAGGCUGUGUGGGUGUCAUCCCACUGCUCGGUCCUGUGAAAGUUUGUCUUCAGCUUUACAGUCAUCAAACUCUGUCCUGAGAGAGCUGGAUCUGAGUAACAAUGACCUGCAGGAUUAUGGAGUGAAGCUUCUUUCUGAAGGACUAAAGAGUCCAAACUGUCAGCUGGAGAUACUGAGAUUGUCCAUAUGUAAUCUCACUGCUCAGUCUUGUGGGAGUUUGUCAUUAGUUUUGAAAUCCUCAAACUCUGUCCUGAAAGUACUGGAUCUGAGUAACAAUGACCUGCAGGAUUCUGGAGUGAUGCUUCUUUCUGAAGGACUAAAGAGUCCAAACUGUCAGCUGGAGAUACUGAGGUUGUCUGGCUGUAUGGUGACAGAGAAAGGCUGUCAUUAUGUGUCUUCAGCUCUGAGUUCAAACCCCUCACACCUGAGAGAGCUGGAUCUGAGCUACAAUCACCCAGGAGAUUCAGGAGUCAAGCUGCUUUCUGAAAAACAUAAGGAUCCAAACUGCAAACUGGACAAACUCAGUGUGGAUCAUGGAGGAGAAUCCAGGAUUACAGCAGGACUGAAGAAAUAUGCCUGUUUUCUCACACUGGAUCCAAACACAGCAAACACUCGACUCAGUCUGUCUGAGGAGAACAGAAACGUGAGAGGUUUAAGAGAGAAUCAGUCGUACCCUGAUCAUCCAGACAGAUUUGAUGUGUGUCAGUUGUUGUGUAGAGAGAGUGUGUGUGGACACUGUUACUGGGAGAUUGAGUGGAGUGGAUUUAAUGUGUUUAUAUCAGUGUCAUAUAAGAGCAUCAGCAGGAAGGGACGGGGUUCUGAGUGUUGGUUUGGAUCUAAUAAUCAGUCAUGGAGUUUGAUCUGCUCUCCCUACAGUUACUCAUUCAAACACAAUGACAUAGAGACUCAUCUCCCUGUGAAUCCCAUCAUCAGUCGUAGAGUAGGAGUGUCUGAUAUCUAUAGAGUAGGAGUGUAUGUGGAUGUGAGUGCAGGAACUCUUUCCUUCUACAGUGUCUCCAGAAACACAAUGAGUCUCAUCCACACAGAACAGAUCACAUUCACUCAGACGCUCUAUCCUGGGUUUGGGUUUGGCUCUGUGUUUACUGUUAGGUCUGGAUCAGUGAAACUGUGUUGAUGAAUGAGAAUAGACUGAUGAGAGAUUGUACCCAUAAUGCUUUGAGCUGCUUAUGAAUCAGUAAGAGUGAGAUGUUCUGGAGUCUCUUCAUGACAUUAAUACUGCAGCUCAACUUCUGUCACUCAAAUAACAGUCAGAAUAAAUGUGUGUCAGAAAUCCUCGUAUAGACAGUAAGAUCAGUGUGUGUGAGUCUAGAUUUGUGUUUUUGUUGUCGUGUCUCAUCACAAAUUCAUUUUAUUAGUGUUAAAAA